CGACGAUCCAGUAUGCUAUUGGAGACUGGCUUGCUGUGACCCACCACGGAAGGGGCAUCAUGACUGCAGCAGUCGGUCUCUUGAUGACCGCGUGGGGGAUCCCUAGAAUGGGAGUUCGCCAUGUCGUAGUGCACACUUUUGCUGGGAAUAUUGGUAGCAACCGAGUUUUUGAGAAGAACGGCUUCGUAAACAGAGGGCCGUCCAACAACGGGAUAAUAGUUAGAGGAGAGAAGAAAGUAUUGACCCUUCUUGACUGGAAAUACGACUUGGAUGAGAACGAGACGUGACUGUAUUUCAAACUGUUUAUUAGUAGUCACGUGCAAUCAAACUCGGCUUGAUAAGAUGGGCAUCUGAAAAUUCAGAG